UUCAAAUCGGUCGUCUUGGACACACAUAAAUCGUAUAAAAGUUGGACGCCUUAUGUCCACAAUCAUCAGUCGAUUUGUGCACUUUGUACGAUAACAUCAAAUAAACAAACAUAAAAAAAUCACCAUGCAAUUCUCGGUGUUGAUAGCUUUCGUGCUUGUGGCCGCUGCCUCCGCUGCUCCAGCUGAAGACAAAACCCAAACCGUUAAGGACAAACGUGCUAUCUUAGCUGCUGCUUACCACGCACCAGUAGUCGCUCCAGUUUACCACGCUCCAACUGUGUACCAUGCUCCUGCUGUAUACCACGCUCCAGCUGUAUACCGUGCCCCAGCCGUAUACCAUGCUCCAGCCGCAGUUUACCAUGCUCCUGCUGUGUACCAUGCACCAGCAGCAGCUACCUCAUACUCCAGCGUCAGUAUCUCGCAUCCAGUAGUCGCUGCCGCACCAGUCUAUGCCCCAGCUCAUCCAGUAUACUACCAUCGUCGUUAACAUGAAUAAUACACUGAAUAAACUUCUUGUACUGUGACUUUAAAAAUCUAUUGUAUUUAACAUACUUCAUUUCAAUUGUAAAAUUAUAUUGUAGAUUUUUUUACACAUAAAUAAAUGUUUUGAAUUUCUAUAAAAA